AUGGCCAGGCUUAGCAUCCCCCAGAUGGCACGGCCAUCAACAACGUCAAUACCGAGAUUUCUUGCACCUGCAUUCAUCCAGAACCGUCAGGCUUCCGUUGUCAGAAUCAAAAAAGUCAAGAAGCGGCCCAUCCCCAAGGAUUUCAAGCGACACAACCUCGAAAAGCAGCAGUUUCUCCAGUUCUCACUGUGUGAGGCUAUGCGGGUGCUCCGCGCUGUUGAAGUCGGCCAGCCGCCUGCUUCCAUCAAAUAUGAAGUACACAUUAACCUCAAAACCGCACGUAAUGGCCCCGUCGUCAAGAAUAGCAUACGUCUUCCGCACCCCGUUCAGAGCGAUUGGCAAAUUGCUGUCAUAUGUCCCGAAGGAAGCGACAUUGCCACUGCGGCCACUGCUGCUGGCGCCGUCGCCGUAGGAGAAGAGACGCUUUUCGACGCUAUUCGCAAGGAAAAGAUCGACUUUGACCGCCUCAUUUGCCAUGAGGCUAGUGAAAAGGCCCUGAACAAGGCUGGCCUGGGAAAGAUACUCGGUCCCAAGGGACUCAUGCCGAGCAGAAGAAUGAAGACAAUUGUCAGCGACGUGACCAAGUCGAUUCGUGAUUCUGCUGGCGCAGCCGACUAUAGAGAACGGCAGGGUGUUAUCCGCAUGGCUAUCGGUCAGUUGGGGUACACCCCGGAUCAGCUCAAGGGCAACAUCACCGCAUUGCUGAAGAAGAUCAAGUUUGAGUGUGCUGAAGUCUCGGAGGAAGUGUCCAAAGAGGUCCACGAGGUGAUUCUCAGCACUACCAAUGGACCUGCUUUAAGCCUUAAUGGGAAAUUCAGCGAUGCUGAGGGAGGGACGCAGCCAGAGGCUUUGGCGGGCGCCAUGUAA